UGUAGCCUCCGAACCAGUUAAAAGUAUUCUACUAAAUAUAUAUUCUACGCAUUAAAAAAAAAAAAAUGAAAAUGCUUUCAGUUAAAGUCAUUUUAGGCGUGUUAUUAGCAAUUACCAUCAUUAAGUGUGAUGAAGGUGAUAAAAAAAAUGAAUCAGACUUGCCUGUUAUAAGCGACCGGGAAAGCGAUGAUGGUAGUAAUGGAGCUGAUAGUACGCACUCCAGUAUUGAGUAUGAAUACAUCGGUAGCAGUGGGGAUUUGAGUGUUGAAUCCGAUAUUGCAACACAGUCUAAUGUAACUUUCGACGGAGAAAUUGGCGAACCCGAAAAUCCAACAGGGUUUGAUUCAACGUCCGACGAAUCUGACAUAGAUGAUUUGAUGAGACAAAUCGAACAACGACUUGAAAGACUUGAACUACUAAACGAUAAUAAAGAUGACAAUCAGACCUUAGAAUGGGUAAAAACUGAAUUGAAACGUGUUACCGAAAAAUUCAUAAUUGGACUAGGGAAAUUACAAAAUAAGAUUGCAGAAAAGGUCGAGUCUUCUGACACGGCCAAAAAAGUAAUCGAGGACAGUAGUAAAGCUGUUAACAAAAUCACUGAAAAUAUGUUAAAUGAGACCGACGUUCGAAGUAUUAAACUAACGUUUAAUGAUAUUAAGAAACAAUUCGUCGAAACCUCCAACAAAUUAUCUGACACAGCUACAAAUUCCGAUUCAAGAAUGAAGAUAAAACAAUUCACUAUGCUAUACCUCGACAAAUUGAAAGACAUCUUAAAAUCCAAAAAGAAUACUAAUGAAAUCAACGAAACCGGGGUUGAUUCAACGACCACCGAACCUGACAUAGAUGAUGUGCUGAAACAGAUCGAACAUAGGCUUGAAGAAUUAAACGGUAAAGACAACCACAGCUUAGAAUGGGUGAACACUGAAUUGAAACGCGUUACCGAAACAUUCAUAACUGGACUAUGGCAAUUACAAAAUAAGAUUACAGAAAAGGUCGAAUCUUCUGAUAAGGUCAAAAAAGUAAUCGAUGAUAGUAAGAUAGCUGUUGGCCAAAUCACUGAAAAAUUGUUAAAAGAGACGGAGGCACAAAAUAUCAAACAAACGAUUAGUGCUCUUAAGAAACAAUUCGUCGACACAUCCAACAAACUAUCUGACACAGUUACAAACUCCGAAUCUAGAAUGAAGAUAGAACAAUUCACUAUUCUAUACCUCCAAAAAUUGAAAAAGAUCAUAAAAUCCAAAAAGAAUACUGAUGAAAUCAACGAAACAGGAGUUAACGAAACCGAUUUGAAUCCUACAGUCGCUCAAGCGUUUAAAGAGAUUGAAGAAGAACUCACUAGUCCCGAGUUUGUAGAUAAUGCCAAAAGUACAUUCAGUGACGUUGCCGGACAUUUAAAAGCUGGACUUGGACAUCUACGAAACAUGAUAUCGGGCAAGACCGAGUCUCCAGAAUUGGCCGAAAGAAUAAUCGAGGAUAGUAGUUUAGCUGGCACAUCCACCGACACAAACACUCAAAAUAUAUCAGAAGAUGUAGAUCCCCGAAGUGUUAACCAAAAGAUUAUUGGUCUUAUGGAAGGAUUCGUUCAGACUUACAAAGAUCUAUCUAAAACAGUUAAAGACGCCGAAUUGAUAAAUAAGAUAAACCAAUUCACUGUACAGCACCUAGAAAUGCUAAAGAAUAAGUUAAAAUCCGAAAAGAAUGCGGAACCUAAUUUGGGUGCUUCGAUCAAUAAGGCAUUUAAAAGUCUUAAUGAAAGACUAAGCAGUGUUCCUGCGGCUGCAAAUAGCAGUGAGUACAUCGAAAUUUCCAGAAAUAAAUUAAAAUUGGUCGUCAACCAUUUGAAAACUGGACUUGGAACAAUACGAAAUAUGAUUGCGGGCAAGGUAGAGAACUCGGAAUUGGCGAAGAAGGCAAUCGAGGAAUGUAGUUCGGCCGUUAAUAAAAUCGCUGGCACUAUAUCUAGAGAAAUAGAGGAUCGAAAAAUUAACCAAAUGUUCGAUGAUCUUAAGAAACAAUUCGUCGUAACCUCCGGCAAACUAUCUAGAUCGGUUUCAAGCAACGACUUGCAAAAGAAAGUAAUCACAUUUGCCACGGAACAUGUCAACAAAAUUAAGGACCCACUCGAAAAGUUAUCGAUCAAGAUCAGGCAAGAUCCUUGUGGUACGGCUAAAAAAGCAUUCAAAGGUGUUAAAGACACGUUUGGUAAAUUCCGUCAGGUAUCCGUUGAAGCUUUCAGCAUGAGUGUCGAGCAGUCCGCUGAGCCGGUCGAAAAGAAGAUUAGUUAAAUAUUCCUAGUGUCAAAUUAAAAUAAACAAUAAUAGUCCCUACUCGUUGAUUAAUUUUUUAAAAUACUAGUACUUAGUUAUACUACCUAUCUUGGGUACC